GAAAACCGUAUGUACAAUAACUGUAGAGCUGAACGUAACCGUAUAUUCUCACUCUUCGAUCCGACUGACUCUUCUACGUUUGCGGACAGCGACUUCAGUCAUCCCCGAGUUGGAUUUGGAGGCUCCUGCUGUAAAACUCUUGCUCCGAUUAUCUGAUCGUCAAAUCCAUCCCCAUUGCCGCUUAUCCCUUGCUUUCUCGGCCAGAUCUCUUGGGUCCUCCGCAAAUCCCUGGUUAAAUAGCUAUUCGCGGUUUCAUGGCAUUUUGACUGUUGUUCUCUUUUACGAGGUCUAUAAUUUUGUAAUUUCGCUCCUAUCUUUCUCCUUCUAGUGGGUUUUUGUUAAUGAUGGAUUCAAGUAACCUUUCACCUGCUGUUGGACUUGAAACAGCCCAUCAAAAUGGUGUUGAUGAAGAACUUUCUGACUCUGGAAAGCAUGAUGUUGUUCCAAAUGAUGCUGAACCCAUUGUGGCUGAAAUUGCAGAGGCUGUAGCUCAAAAUGGUUUGGGAAAUGAUGUUCUGUUGGAUAGCCCUGCAACUGACAUAUCUUUUGCAGAAAGCAAAGAGGAAUCAAAUGACAGCACAGUCAGCAGCAAUGCAGCCAUUACUCAGCAAGAGGAAGUGAAAAUUACAGAUCAAUCACAACAAUUAAGAUCAUCAAAGGUUCCUGUCAAGACCAAGGCUUUGAAGCCAGCUAAUCCUAAGGGUGUUCAUACAAGUGGGGUGAAGAAAAGUAAGGACAGAAAGGAUGAAGAGGCACAGACCUCUUUGUUAAAUGGCUCUUUGACUCUGAACUCUCAGCAGCCCAUUAAAAGCAGAUCAUUAAAUGACCGCAAGACUCAAAUUUCCAGGCAUUCUGAUAAGUCUGAUGCAGCAUCCUCAGGUUCACCUGUAGAGAAUAAAAAACCAAAAGCAUUGAAGAAAGGAACUCUUGAUAAAGUUGAAGGAGAGGCAAGGUCUUUUCUAAAUAUCACUGCAGAAGAUGCCAAACCUCCCAAGGUGGGGACGCUUCCAAAUUAUGGAUUUAGUUUCCGGUGUGGUGAACGAGCUGAGAGAAGAAAAGAGUUCUACUCUAAGCUUGAGGAAAAGAUUCAUGCAAAGGAAGUGGAGAAGAGUAACUUGCAAGCAAAAACCAAGGAGAGCCAGGAAGCUGAAAUUAAGAUGCUUAGGAAGAGUCUAGGAUUUAAAGCGACUCCAAUGCCGAGCUUUUACCAGGAGCCUCCUCCUCCAAAGGCAGAGCUAAAGAAGAUACCAACUACAAGAGCAAAAUCUCCUAAGCUUGGACGAAGGAAGGAUUCGACGGGACCAGAGUUAGAUGGAAGUCCUAGCAGCAGUGCUCAAUUGGGUCGUCUAAGUCUGGAUGAGAAAGUGUCUAAGAGUAACCCCACCAAGAAAAUUACUCAUGCCCAUCCAAAGAAGCCACAACGGAGAUCUCUUCCUUCUAAACUGCCUUCUGAAAAGACCAGUUCAUCCAAUUCAUCUAAGGCACUGAAUGAUGAGAAGACCACGUCAUCCAGUGUAACAAAUAAAGGUACCACCUUGUCCAGUAUUGUUGAGAGAGAGAAAUGUCAAUUGGAUCGUGCAGCCAAUGAAGAGAAUGGUGCCUUGUCCUGUAAUACAAGUGAACCUCCUUCGCUGAAUAUAGAUCAAACAGCUCUCUCAGACAAGCCAAUCGAAACAGAGCCUCAAGUGAAUGGUGACAUUGUGGUUGAAGAGCAACCUCAGCCCCCAUUGGUGCAGGAACCAGUCGGGGCAGACCAUUAAGCGAACAGCAGGAACAUAAACAUGUGUUGAACUUUUCAGAGUUUGUGGAGUCAUCGCGUGAAUGUUAAGGCAAAUAGCUGACAUUAUUUGACAGUGAAGUUUUGAAGAUUUGCAUUCUAUGGUUUGUGAUGUCAUCUUGUCCAUAGCAGCGUUGUUUCUUUAUGUUCUUACUCUUCAAGGUUGCUGUUUUUGCCCUUAUUAAUAUCUUGCUUGCAACAACGUAACUAUUUGCCAAGUAAUUGUGGCAUACAUUAUUUUGGCAAGCAGAAGUUGCCUGUGUUGUUUAGUGUAUAUCUGGUAAAGUUUUGAGGAAGCUUGGUAGUAGAUGGUUCAAGUUACAGGCCUUUGUUGAACAAUUAGAAAAAGCUUUUUGUGUUUCGGGAACCCUCUUACCGAAUAUGUAUACUUGUCAGGUCGAUUUCCGCUAGUAGUUAAUGAUUAGGAUUUGAAUUUGGAGAGCUUGUUAUUUCUUCACCUUGUAUAUCAUUAUAGGAUUUUGUUGGUAAAAGUGUACCUUUAGCUUUUUAGCUUUUUAA